AUGUGCCCUUCAGAUACGGAUGUUCUGGACACCUGGUUCUCCUCAGGUCUCUUCCCCUUUGCCAUGCUGGGCUGGCCACAGCAGACCUCAGACUUGGAGCAGUUCUACCCCAACUCUAUGCUGGAGACAGGAAGUGACCUCAUCUUCUUCUGGGUGGCGAGGAUGGUGAUGCUGGGCACAGAACUGACCGGCCAGUUGCCUUUUAAACGGGUAUUACUUCAUUCCCUGGUGAGAGACAAGUAUGGCAGGAAGAUGAGCAAAUCCUUGGGUAACGUCAUUGACCCGGUUGAUGUCAUUCAUGGAAUUUCACUCGAGCGGCUGCAGGAGAAGGUGCAGGAGGGGAACCUGGACCCAAGAGAGAGUGCCGUUGCCAUGGAAGCACAGAGGAAAGACUUCCCUCAGGGGAUCCCUGAGUGUGGCACUGAUGCCCUGCGUUUCGCUCUCUGCUCCUACAGGACUCAAGGUGAAGACAUCAGUAUGUCUGUGUCCCAGGUGCUCGGCUGUAGGCACUUCUGUAAUAAGAUGUGGCAGACAGUGCGCUUCGCUCUGGGAGUCCUGCAGGACAGCAACGAGCCGGUCAUACCUCUGGACCAGACAUCUCCUGUCUCUAGUAUAGACCGCUGGAUCUGCUCACGACUGCUCAGCACAGUGCGGCAGUGCGAAGAGGGUUUCCAUGGUUACGAACUGCACGCUGUCACUGCUGCCCUGCACUCGUUCUGGCUGCACAGCCUCUGUGAUGUCUAUCUGGAGUGCAUUAAGCCAGUCUUGAGCCCACUAGACACAGAGGACGAUGCUGGGAAGGUGACAGAGAUGGAGAGGCGUACAGCGCGCUCGCUCCUCUAUCACUGCAUCUGCAUGUCUCUUACCCUCCUCAAUCCCAUCAUGCCGUUCAUCACAGAGGAGCUCUGGCAGAGGCUUAACUCAUACAAUCUCCAGGCCGACCACCUCGUCACUAGUCUGUGUGUGCAGCCCUACCCUCAGUCUUCUCAGCUGGCCAACUGGGAUUUCCCUCAAGAGGAAGCAGACUUUGAAUUGGCACAGGAAGUGAUCCGUGUGGCAAGGUCACUUAGGGCCCAGUGUCACAUGACCAAAGAGAGGCCUGACUUGUGGGUAGUAUGCACUCCAGCUCAGGCUCAGACCCUGCUGCCGUUCUCUGCUGCUGUUGAGACACUGGGCCGCAUCUCCGGCUUGCACUUUCACUGCCCACCCCAGAAGGGCGUCACAGCCCCACCCACAUCUGCCCCACCCCCUUCUGAGGGUUGUGCUGUGGGUGUGGUUAACCACACCUGCCAACUGCAUUUGGAUGUACAGCGUCAUGUCGGAGUUGACAGGCAGGUGGCAUCACUGUUGGAACGCAAGGGCCGUGUGCUUCCCAAGCUGGAUAAAUUGAUUGAUCGCACCUCAAUGCCCGGCUUUGUGGAGAAGGUUCCUGAACGUGUGAGGCUGGACACAGAGCAGAGGAUCUUGGCCUUGAAGCAGGAGUUGAAGAAUAUUGAGGAGCAACUUCUAGCACUGAAACGGAUGAAGCAAAGCGAGUAAUAGCUGAGGAUGGAUGUUGCAGGACUACAAGGACUGUGAAUGUAAAAUAUUAAGUGUGCAACACUUUUGAAUUAGUGCUGGUGUUCAGCUGCUUUUGUAAAAAUGUUAUGUCAAAUAAAAUAAAAACUGACCUGUA